AUGGAUCUCGAUCUCAACGACCGCGCGCGAGGCGAGCGAUCGGAAUCGGUCGAGGCGCGCGGAGCGACGGCGGGCGCGGCGAUGGCGAGGAUGAGAACCGCGGACGGACCCGCGUCGACGUCCGCGCCGGCGUCGAGCGCGGUGAUGGAGGACGUCGCGACGGAGCUGAGAGAACAACGGGAGAGCAGAAGGAAAGCGCAACCGCGCGGACGCGUCACGGCGGAGGACGCGUCGCGAGGGGUCUUGGAGACGCGAGCGUCGGUGUUUCACGCGGACGCGGAGCGUACAUUCAAGGCGAGGGGGGCGUGGCGCGAGGCGCUCGCGAGCGUGCGCGCCGCGAAACGAGGCGCUGCGGCGCGCGACGUGAGCGGGCUCGACUGGACGGACGUAGACGCGCUGUUUGCGUAUUACGACGCGGUGUACUUUGAGCGUACACUCGGCGCGCGCGUGACGUUUUCUUGGCACGCGUCACCGGCGGACAAACACGACGAGGAGGAGGACGACGGCGUCGGCGCGCGAGCGAGAUUCGACGAGUCGUUCAAGUACUGCUUGUGCAGCGACGUCCCAAAGUGGUGGCACGGCGCGAAUCCCCGACAACUGUGCGUGGGCGUGUGCUGCAUCGUCGAGAGAAGGGCUGCGCAAUUCACGCGCGUGGCGCAUCUGCGAAUGCCGGACGUUUUACGUCGCUUCAAAAUGACGCAGUUGACAAAGGAGGCUUUGUUGCACGGAAUGAUUCACGCCCAUCUCUUCGUGACUGGUCACACGAGGGAGAACGCGGCGUUCAACGCGCACGACGAUGCGUUCAAACGCCACGUGUAUAGAAUAAAUAAUGAUGUUUUGACGCUCGACGUGUACAGACCGCCGGAUAAGGGAUACCGAAUACGAUGGUUCGAUCGGGCGCGGGACGCGUCCGAGACGGAUCCGGAUCCGUCCAAAGCCAUCGCCGCGGCGACGAGCGACGCCACGAGCUCCGCGAGGAUACCGUUGCUCAAGACGUCCAUGCUUGAUGCGCUGUCGCCGGAGCACUAUAAGUUGCUGUACUUUAUUAGCAAGCACGGUCGAAUAGCGGAAAAAGCAACCGACAAAGAGCGAUGGGUUCGAUACGUACCGAUCAUGGUAUUAGUCUACGAGGCCAUCGUGGCCGGUGUUUUCGAGUACGAUUACGCCCCGUUCGGCGAAGACGUCGGGGAGAAACGUCUCACGCUCAACAUCUCACAAGAGGCGAGGGACAAUUUGGAGGAUUUGGUCGAGGCUGGAAUGGUUCGCUCGCUUCGAAUGUCCACGGUUUUGGGCAAAUCAAGCAUGGCGUAUCAGCCGUCGAAAAUGGGUCUGGAGCACAUGAAAAACGGCGGACUUUCGCGCGAAGACAGAGAGCUGUGUGAUUCGUUUUUGUACGAUCCCGCGGGUUCGCUCAUGAAGGUUGCGUUCGACGCGGAGACGGGGACGUUCAAGCUGAUUUCGGAUCAAGGCUUCAACAUGGACAGCACGGUGACGGAAUCUGAAGAUGUUUCUUACGUCUGUUCGCCGUAUAUUUGCCGUCAGUUCAUGAAGAAGGCGCGUGAACCGCUCACGAGCUACGCCCAUCGAGCGUCCGAGACGCUCCGCGGCUCGAGUUCAAUCGCCGACGAUUUGGACGUCACUUUGUCCUUGUCUCGCGUGAUCAUCAUGGUUGUCGAUUGGAUUCCCACGAGCUGCACGCAAAUCACGGAACUAUCGCAGAGUCUCGGGGUUAAUGAUAGAAACAAGGGUGGGUACUACAGCUCGGAAAUCGAUCGAGCGAGCACGGAUACGUGUCUCGAGCUUCCCGCGGGUCUCACGCGCAUCAAGAUUUGCUCAUCCAACGCCGCGCAGUAUUGCAACAUGGAAGCAGAGGUUGAAUAUCCCGAGGCGGCGGGCAUCACGCAAGUCGAAGCUUUCGGCAUCCGUUACUUACGAGAGGGAGACUUACUGUUUGGUUUAAAGGUUGAGGCGGUGAUGACAAAGAUUUUGAACGACAUCCCGGUUGAUUGGCUGAGUAGAGUCGUGACUGAUAUUCAGGUAGAUUCGACGACGUUGUCGACGAGCAUGAUGUCGCCCUAUCAACGCGAUCUACUCGAUACGGUGUACGACGGUGACGUGACAAAUAGACCAAAGUUUUCCAUCUACUUGGCGGAGACGAUUUCACCAAAGCUGCGCGCGCGCCAUUACUUGGACGGCGAUUCGAUCGAAGCCGAAGUGAAGCAGCUCAUCGGCGACACGCAGUUCGCACUCGACGUCACGGAGAGCGACGUCGUCAUGGUUGGCGAAUGUGGAAUCAUUUUCGCCGGUCCCGAGUGCGCGCGGCACGAGACGUUGCUGACCGCUUUCUGCAUGCUGCGCUCGCGCGAAAACUUUUGCACGGUGCUUUAUCGUAAACUUGGAACCAUGAAGGAGGACUCUCUCGUCAAGCUGCGAAUGUUUUUGGAUUGCGCUCAUGACGAUCCUAACAUGUUACAACGCGCACAGUUGGCGCUAUCGUCCGCCACGACAGAUUUGUAUCGCGUCGGUGAAGCGAUUAGACACGUGGAGGACGCGAUGAAGACGCCAAUAAUUCAGUUCGGCGAGACUGUCGAAGGGGAAACGACCACCAGUGGGACGACGAUGUACUACGCGCUGAACACAAAGUCAGCGAAGAGGUUGCGUCACGCGUUGGCGAUCGAGGCGUUGGAGUCCACCAUAUCGAAAAGAAUAAUCGGUUGCGUGAAGCAUUACAAGGCGAACGAUGAACUUCUGCACGUCUUGCGCAAGCAAGUGACGAAUUUGGUGAGGGACCGACGACAAAACACCGUCGCGAAGACCAAGGCGACGGUGGAGGAGACGCGAGAGCUCAUGGAACGCGUCGGGAGCUACAAUGCGCUCUCGCAUGGCGUCUUGGCUUGGAUUUAUUUGGGAUUUUUCUCGUUUCGUCUGUUCGACCGUUUCAUCGGCUCCUGGAGCGUUCCCGAGAGCGUCGCCUUUGUGACGAAGAACAUUCGAUAUCCUCUCAUUUGGAACACGAACGCGGCUUGGAUAUUUAUGAGCCUCGGGUUUUGGUUGGCGAUCGCGGCUACUAGCGCUUUUACGAUGCGUUUGUUUGGCGACAGGCGAGACGGCUUCAUCGAGUGGACAAUGUCCACGCGUCGCGUACUCUGCGUCAACACGCUCGUGCGAUAUCUCAAAUUGAAACGCGACGUCGGCCAUCAACAAGUUGUCGCGAGCGAUGCGCACGGUUCGCAGAUCACGCGCGUCACGUAUAGGGAGAUGCCGAACGGCAUCUUUGACGCGUACGCAGCGAACGUGACGUUGACGGUGGACACGAGACGAGGUUACCUUUUGAAAUCGCGCGUUCGCAUCGCAAAGUCAGCUACGAUCCCGGGACGGCUGUUCCCUAACGAGCUCCACGACCUUUUGCUGGGCGAUCUCGAACUCAACGGCGUGUUGACGGAUGGCGCGAUAACGCAAAAGCUACGUGCCGCCAAGGCAAAGUCAUCGCCGCGCGUUUUGCUGGUGCGAGCGAACGGCGAGUCGAGCACGCGCGAGGUUCUGAUCACGAGCUCAAAGUUGACUCAUUUGCGCGAGAAGAUUGCGAGUAAAUUUUGCUACCGCGUGAAGAAUCUCGUGCGCGUCAACUUGGUGGCGCAAAUCGACGCAAAAAAUAUCGACGAAGAGCCCAUCGAGACGGAUUCGCAAGUCGCGUCGCUCAAGGAUCUUCAGCGCUUGAACGUCGUGUUUUACGGGAGACCGAAACCGAAGAUGGCAAAGUACAUUCAUCACGCGCAAACGCAAAACGCUCGCGAGAUGUCGAUCAAGGAGCGCGUGACGCUCUUCAAAAAGAAGAAGAUUUCAACAACUGUUCAGGAGAUGUUUCCGGAACCGGAUGACGAAAACGACGUAGGCUUUUAG